GCCGCCGAAUGGGCUUGGUGCAUGGUCCAGGAUGGUGGCCGCUUGGAAGAAACCCCCGGCCAGGGAGCUGGACCUCUUCAGGCUCACAGAUGAAAUCAUGCAACAGGAGAUCAGGCCCCUCGUUGCUGUGGAUAUCAUAGAGCAGCUCCACCGGCAGUUCGCUAUCUUGUCAGGAGGAAGAGGGAAGGACGGAGCGCCGAUCAUCACUUUCCCCGAGUAUUCAAGUUUCAGCGAGAUUCCCGAUGAGGAUUUUCUAAACGUAAUGACAUAUUUAACUAGCAUUCCCAGUCUGGAGGCUGCCAGCAUCGGAUUCGUCAUCAUUAUAGACAGACGAAGGGACAAAUGGAGCGCGGUAAAGGCAUCCCUCACACGAAUAGCAGGAGCAUUUCCAGGGAACCUACAACUGGUUUUCGUCCUGCGGCCAUCCCGUUUCAUCCAAAGGGCGAUCGCUGACAUCGGCAUCAAACUGUAUCGCGAUGACUUUAAAAUGAAGGUACCGAUCAUCAUGUUAAAUUCUGUUUCUGACCUACAUGAGUACAUCGACAAAAGUCAGCUGACUCGGGAGUUAGGAGGAACCUUGGAAUACGGGCACAGCCAGUGGAUCCACCAUCGGACGGCAAUUGAGAAUUUCGCCAUGACAGUGAAAACCACGGCGCAGAUGUUGCAAACCUUCGGAACGGACUUGGCGGAGACAGAGCUUCCCAACGACGUGCAGUGUACGGAGGAGCUCCUGUCGUCCCACACAGAGCAACACUACAAGCUGAAGGACGAGCUGAAACUUGCUGUAAAGCAGGGGGCCACACUGCUGACUUGUAUCCGAGAGCCCAUCACAAGAAGUGCCACCAGCAAGCUCAGCCCAGACGAGCUUGAAAACGUUGCCACCGUGGAGAGGUUGCUCGCCCAGCUGGAUGAAACGGAGAGAGCUUUUGAUCAGUUCUGGUCCAAGCACCACCUGAAGCUGGAACAGUGCCUACAACUCCGACACUUUGAGCAGGAUUUCAGAGAGGUCAAACUGAUGCUGGAUAACUUGAUGGAAACGCAAGCCGGGUUCACGGAUAUUGGAGACAGCGUCUCCCGUGUGGAGAGUCUUCUGAAGGAACGGAAGCAGCUGGAGGAGAAAGGACAGGAACCUUUGGAAAAAGCCCAGUCCCUGGCUGUCCAUGGAGACCAGCUGAUCCAAAACAACCAUUACGCAGUGGACUCCAUCAGACCAAAGUGUGUUGAACUCAGGCGCAUCUGUGAUGACUUUGCCAACGAGACCAAGAAACAGUAUGAUAUUUUAGGGAAGUCCCUAGAACUGCACAAACAAUUAGAUAAGGCCAGCCAGUGGUGCGAAUCCGGAAUCUACCUCCUGGCUUCCCAAGCUGUUGACAAAUGCCAGACGCAGGAGGGUGCAGAAACGGCGCUCUGCGAUAUUGAGAGAUUCUUGGAAACUGCCAAGGACCACCAGCUCUUGAACGCAAAGGAGUUCUGCAAUCAGUUUGAUAUGAUCCUCACCCCAGAGAUAAAGAACAAUUCCCAGAGAGUUCUUCAGAAGCUAGAGGACGUACAAGAAAUGUUCGACAAGAGGCAAGUGAGCCUGAAGAAACUGGCGGCAAAGCAGACCCGGCCUGUGCAGCCUGUCGCCCCGCAUCCUGAAUCGUCGCCCAAACGUGCAUCGCCCAAAAGCAUCCGGCCUGUGACACUAGCUGCCAACAGGAGAUCGGUGGAAAUGUCGAGUCCCCCCAAAUUCGUCUCCGAUGCAGAGUUGUCAAAGAAGAAGAAUGUCAAGAAGACUAAAAGUGGAAUUAAGAUCGCUAGGAAGUGA